AUGGCCGAUUUCGACCUAGCUCGGGACUUUAUCCCUGCCCUCCACAAGCCUUCUUCUCUACUGCCAAUCGCCCGUCAUCGCAAAAGUCUUCUCUAUCUGAUAGAGACAUAUCCUGUUGUCAUAGUUGUAGGCCAGACUGGAAGCGGUAAAACAACCCAGAUUCCUCAGUUUCUACACCAGGCAGGAUGGUGUGGAGAGGCCAAGAUGAUUGCUGUCACUCAGCCCCGUAGGGUUGCUGCAACUACAGUCGCUGCAAGAGUCGCCGAAGAGAUGAGAUGCAACCUUGGUCAAGAGGUAUCUAUAUCAUGCUCUGCCGAGUGUUUGAAAACACUAACCAAUACANNGGUCGGAUACUCGAUCAGAUUCGAGGACGUAACCUCAGCAGCUACGAAGAUCAAGUUCUUGACAGAUGGUCUACUACUGAGGGAAGCACUCGUAGAUCCCUUGCUAUCUCGAUACUCAGUCGUUAUGGUCGACGAAGCCCAUGAACGUUCCCUCAGCUCCGACAUUUUACUAGGGGUCUUGAAGAAGAUCAGGAAACGCCGACCAGACUUGAGGAUAGUCGUCAGCAGCGCAACUCUUCAAGCAGAGGACUUCUUGGAUUUCUUCACCCGCGAUGAAAGCAGCACAGAGAAUUCGACAAGGACCGAUGAACCUGGUGGUGAUGUUGGCCGCAUCGUAAAUCUCGAGGGCAGAAUGUUCCCAGUUGACAUUCACUAUCUGACAGCUCCUGCCGAGGACUACGUUGAACGUGCUGUUCAGACAGUCUUCGACAUACACACGCAAGAAGGCGAAGGCGACAUAUUGAUAUUCCUUACUGGCCGCGAGGAAAUCGAUACGUGCAUGUCCAUGAUCGCCGACCGCUUGCCCUCUCUACCUCGUGGGUCGCAAACACUGCAACCACUACCACUAUAUGCCGGUCUCUCAACCGAACAGCAAAUGUACGUCUUCGAACCGGCAGCAGAAGAGACUCGAAAGGUCAUUGUAGCCACGAACAUCGCUGAAGCUUCAGUAACCAUUCCUGGCAUCGUUUUCGUCAUCGAUUCUGGCUUCGUCAAACUACGAGCAUUCAAUCCCAGCACUGGUAUCGAAACUCUCACAGCUACUGCGGUAUCCAAAGCUGCAGCAACUCAGAGAGCUGGUCGAGCCGGACGAACAAAGUCUGGAAAAUGCUACCGGCUCUAUACGGAAGCUGCGUACGAUUCUCUGGAUGAUGCUUCUGUGCCUGAAAUUCAAAGGAGUAAUCUCGCUCCAGUAAUCUUACAGCUCAAAUGUCUGGGUAUCGAUAACAUUGUGCGCUUCGACUACUUGACGCCACCACCAUCAGAGCUUGUUAUUCGAGCAUUGGAAAUGCUAUACUCUCUGGGAGCACUAGACGACUAUGCAAGACUGACUAAACCGAUGGGUAUUCGCAUGGCAGAACUGGCUGUAGAGCCCAUGAUGGCAAGGGUCCUACUUUCUGCACCAGAUUUCGGGUGUCUCAGCGAGAUGCUAACGAUUGCUGCCAUGACGACUCUACAAGGCGCACUUUGGUUUCAGCACGAAGGGGAGAAGAAGGCCAUGGAGUCUUCGAGGUGGAAAUUUGCAGUUGCAGAGGGCGACCAUCUGACAUUGCUCAAUGUGUAUCAAGCAUUUGUUACCAAGGGCAAGAAGGAUGCUUCGUGGUGUCGCAAUCAUCACCUCAACUUCAAGAGCAUGACAAAAGCUGUCAGUGUGCGAAAUCAGCUCAAGCGGUAUAUGGAGCGGUUUGGCAUCAACGUGGAUGAGUCUUUGAGCUCAAAAGGUGUAUUGACUGUGGGAGGCCCUGACAAGGCAGAGCAGAUCCGUCGAUGUCUGACAGCAGGCUAUUUUGUGCAUGCGGCUAGGAUGCAAGCGGAUGGGACUUUCCAGACAGUGGAUGGCAGCAUGACAUUACACGCCCAUCCUAGCUCUCUGAUGUUUGUAAGUGAUUCUGCUUCUCGACACCUUGACACAGCAGCACUAACAAGUCGAAUANNGAACCGAAAGGCAGACUGGGUAAUCUUCCACGAAGUCAUGCAGACUGGGGACAAGACGUUCAUCAGAGACAUAACAAAGAUAGAAAAGAGCUGGCUGACCGAGUACGCGCCUGCGUAUUACCAGAUACGCAAGUAG